GAUGUCGGUGGCUACUAAAAACCCGUUUGCUCUUUUGGAUGAGGACGAUUCUCCACCAGCUGCCCCCGUUGCAUCGAAGGAUGCUCCUCAGCCAGCCCCUGAUGCUGCUCGGGAUACUCAAAAGAGCAGGGGUGGUCCUGCAUCCCGUGGUGGCCGAUACUACGCCAGAGGAGGAGGCUCAGGAAACCCUUCUGCCGGUAGAGAGAGGCAGGGCACUGCUGAAGAGCCCACUCUAGGUGGAGAGGAUGCCAAGAGAAAACCUAACGGCGAAGGUCGUGGUCGUGGUCGCGGCAGAGGUCGCGGUGCUCCCCGUGGAGGACGCCGACCACUUGAUAGGCACAGUGCCACAGGCAAAACUGAUUCCGAAAAGAAAGUUCACCAGUCUUGGGGCGGUGAUGAUGGCAACAGCGAGUUGAAGGUCGAAGAGGCUGCCACCAACGACGCAGCUGUCGAAGCUACUGGGCUUAAUGAUUGGGCUGGUGGUGCUACUGACGCUGUUGAAGAUGCUUGGGGCGCCCCCCCUGCUGCGGAGGGAGCUGCUCCCGCACCUGCUGGUGCAGAACAGCCUGAGGGGCGCAGGAGGGAAAGAGAGCCGGAAGAGGAGGACAAUACUCUUACUCUAGACCAGUAUCUCGCCCAGAAGAAGGAAAAAGACGCUUCUGCCGUGCCCAAGUUGGAGGUUCGGAAGGCUAACGAAGGUGCUGAGGAUACAAUUUGGGAUGGUGUUGCCCCUUUGAAGAAAGGCGAGGAAGAAAGUGUUUACUUCGCCGGCAAGACUAAAUCUGCGCCCAAGACUCGGACUGAGAAGAGAGAAAAGGUAUAUCUCGAGAUAGAUGCCCGAUUCGAGCGCCCUCGUGGCGGUCGUGGAGGUCGUGGCGGCGAGAGGGGCACAGACGGAGGGCGCGGCGGACGUGGUCGUGGCUCUGGCAGAGGUCGUGCCCCUGGCAAUGCAGUUGCCCAUGUCGACGUCGAUGACGAGAAAGCCUUUCCCUCUUUGGCAUAAGUGAAAUUUGGGCGUAUAGUACCAAGCCAACCCCGAAAAAGCUAUGGUUAUAUCAUUGAUAUCGAUCGCUCUCUUUACCUCUGCCUAUCUAUCCAGUUCUUCCUGGUUCUGCUAGCGAUCGCUUGAUUUGUUAUGGUUUCUCAUGCGAGUUAUACCUUUCUUUUCAUCUCCAUUUCUGAUGUCAUCAUGAUUUACUACCGUCAGCAAUGCUCGAAAACAUUUCAUUCAAUUUGAUGACAGACGAGAAAUUACGAAAACAAUGCAAUUCAAGUAACUUG